AUCAUUAUGCAUCAGUUAAACUCUUUAACCCCCUCACCCCCCACCCCCAACCCUCCAUCCUCUCUACUUCCUGUCAUUCAGCUCUUGAGAGCAAAACAAGAUGGAGAAGAAGAGAAGCAAACAGAUUUCUCUAAUCCCGUGGGUUAUAAUUGCUGCAUUGCUCUUGCGGAAUUUGGUCACUCCUGUCAUUUCAUGCAGAACUUCGCGAACACCUCCAUCACAUGGCUCAGGAGGUGGUGGCUCAGGUAAACCACCUUCUCGAGGAAAACCUUCGCAUGGAAGCGAUAAGCAUGGACGAACACCACCUGCUAACUGUGGUAAUCCGCCAAGUGGAGGGGGCGGCCAAACUCCCACCCCAGCUCCUCCCGAAGGAGGAGCUGGAGGUGGUUACUCUACGCCAUCCCCUCCAACUUCUGCUGGAAGUCCUCCAAGUACUCCAACACCAAGCACGCCGGAUAUCUCCGUACCAUCGCCUCCAACUGAUCCCAAUGCACCACCUUCAGGAGGGGUCGGUUACUAUCCGUCCCCUCCAACUUCUAAUGGAACCCCACCAAGCCCGGAUACACCGAGCAUUCCCAAUAUAUCCACACCUCCAGCUCCAUUUGAUCCCAAUGCACCACCUUCUGGAGGGGGAGGAUACUAUCCCUCCCCUCCAACUUAUGGUGGUACCCCUACCACACCAACUACUCCUAUAAUUGGCCCUGGAACUCCGAGCAUUCCCGAUAUAUUCACGCCUUUAGCUCCAUUUGACCCCAAUGCACCACCUUCGGGCGGGUACUAUCCCUCCCCUCCAAGUUUUGCUACCCCUAGUACCCCUAGUAUACCCAUAAUUCUCCCACCAAUUACUCCUAUCAUCAACCCGGGCACUCCUGGUAUCUACAUACCUCCACCUCUAUUCGAUCCCAACUCACCACCUUUCUCAAUCGAUUACUGGAGGACUAACCCGGCUUUAAUAUGGGGCUUGUUUGGCUGGUGGGCAACUGUUGGUAGUGCAUUUGGUGUAGCUGGUACUCCGGGGAUCGGGCCAAACUUCAACCUGCUGCAAGCACUUUCAAACAAUCGUUCCGAUGGUGUUGGGGAACUCUACAGGGAAGGAACAGCUUCUUUGCUGAACUCCAUGGUGAGCAAGAAGUUCCCUUACACUACUAAACAAGUUAGAGACAAUUUUGUUGCAGCACUUAGUUCAAACAAGGCUGCAGCAGCUCAGGCAGCGCGAUUCAAGUUAGCCAACGAAGGUAGAUUCAAGCCCAGAGCUUGAAAAAAGCCCGUAUCAAUCAUUCUGAUUCUAUGUAUGGACAUUUGGUCAUCAUCUUGUUCAUUCUUAAUAGUGAUGUAUGCAGCUAAGGUAUCCUAAAAGAUCGGUAGACUUGAAAGUCUCCUUGUAUCUUGCAAUUAUGUUCAGUUUCAUUAUGAUUUCUAGUGAGUUCAGUUUAGGUGUUGAUGUUUAAUGUUUCAAGAGGAUACUAACUCAUGAUCAAGUAUUUGUAAAAAUAAAAUAUUACUUUGAUGUGUUA